CGGAAUUAUUCUCCGCCGUUGCGAGGCAAAACGUCAGUUGAGAAACAAAUGGCGGAUCGAUUUAAAGUGUAGCGGAAGAAUUGCGUGUCGAAUUUUCCAUAAUUUACGGGCAGUGCAAAAAUAAUAUAUAUACACAUUGUGAGAAAAUAGUUUAAAAUAUCAACACAAUCAUAUAUAAUUAAGCUUCCAGUUUAUAGUAGUUCUGCGUGUUUAUAUUCGUUACUGUGCUUCGACUUAAAAAUAUACAAAAUAUUUUAAUAAAAGUGCAUAAAAGGCACAUAAUCUAUCAGGCUGUUGGUGUCAAAAAACGCUUUUAAAACAUAACCAAAAUCCAGCAGCAGCUGCGUAAACCGUUAAGUGGUAUGCAAAGGUGCGGCUCGCCUGUAAUUUUAGCAAAGUAAAGCCUGUAAACAGCCAGCAACUAGCGCUGUGUGCAAGCAACAGCAUUACUUCAACUCCUGCAGCUCAAAAAGGUAGUCAAUUGUGGGUAUCAGAGACAUAUGUACAUACAUACUACCACAACAUUGCGGAAAUGUUGUGGCACUUUGAAUAUCGACAAAUGCUGAAAUUUCAACAACAACAAAAACGUUGGCUUUAAAGCAAAUCCACGCAGCGGUAUCUGGCGCACCAUGUGGCUACCAACUUAAGUGCGAAGAAUUGUUAUAAAAAAUACAACAACAGCAAAUAAGCAGAAAACAACAACAAAACAGAAAUAUACAACAAAGAUAUAAAAUAAAUCCACCAUUAAAACAAAAACAAUCAGCUAAUCCGUAAAGCAACGACGUAACAAAAGUUUUCCAGCCCUUCUGUGUUUCAGCUGCUCAAGCGUAGUCUGCUUUUUUUUUUACAAAACUUUUUACUCAAAACCUCAACACUUUUUAGUGUUUAUUUUAAUUUUUUAAUUCAUCACUCGCAAAACAUAACAAAACCGUUACAACAGAUUUUGUAAAACCGCUCAAGUGCGCUUUGAGUUCGUGUUCUCUUCAUUCCUUUUUUUUUGUCGGUGUUUUGGGUGUUUUUAACCAACCCCUUUGGUUGUUGUACGCUGCCGAUGUAAUUUUCCCUCGUCGCAGUUAACUUCGAAAGUGUUUCGUUAGUUUUUUUCGGCCAAACAGCGAUAUCCGGUUUGUGCGUUUAUUGGUUAAAACUGUAUGACAUUACUUGGGCCUAGCGCCCCUGGUAUGGCCUUUAUGAUGAAAAAGAAAAAGUAUAAGUUCAAUGUUGAAGUACAAUUACAAGAGCUCUCCGAGGUGGCGCUCGUGAACGAGGUGCUGUUCGCAAAGAUACGUCUUCUGGAUGGUGGCUCGUUUCAGGAGUACAGCAGCAGAGAGGAGGUGCGCGAUCAUCGUGUAGUAUGGAAUCGCAACUUCGAAUUUCCCUGCAAAAUGUCCGCCAAUGCAUCCACGGGCGUAUUGGAUCCCUGCUAUUUACGCAUCUCCAUACGCAAGGAGAUGAAGGGUGGACGUAGUUAUUUUAAGUUAGGUUUUAUCGAUAUAAAUCUUGCCGAAUUCGCCGGCGCCGGGCUGACGUCGCGUCGCUUUCUGCUCGAGGGCUAUGACUCGCGUCAUCGUCUGGACAAUUCCAUGCUGCUGGUAUCCAUCAAAAUGCACAUGCUCAGCGGUGAUAUACUCUUCAAGGCACCCACGCCGAACUUGAAGAGCAAACAGAAACCCUCUACGGAUGAUCUGGCCACCGCGUCGACGGGUGUCGGCCUGCAGACGCCCACCGCCACGGCGUUGCCCAGCAUUGGCAGCGGUGUAGUUAGUGGCGCGUCCAGCGUGAGCGGCGGCAGUCAAGGCAUACCGGUUAGUGUCGGUGGCGCUACCCUAGGCGGCGGACUCAAUAGUGCGAGCAGCACGCGUCCCGUCUCCACCGUGCGCGAUGAUGAUUUGGAUCCUCAAGUAGUGAUCGCUGCGAUUGUGACGGACUCCGGUUUGUCAGAAUCUUCCGAAUCGGCUACUACACUCACCACAGAAGCGUUGCUAUUGCAACAACAGCAGCAGCAACAACAACAAUUUAUCGCUUAUCCACCGCAAAAUACGUUAGGCUCAACGACAACAACAACCACAGUCGUGACAUUGACGAAUGCACAACAAAUGCAGCCAUACGCUGGCAUUGGCAGCACCGGCGGUAGCAGUGGUGGUGGUGGUGGCAGCGCGGUGGCCAGUAUGGGCAUUGUCGGUAGCAAUAAUUGCGGCACGACCAGCGCGAAUGUGAUGGGCGGCGGCCUGGGUGGCACUACUGGCACGUCGUCGAUUAUGGAAAUGGGCCACUCGCGUAAUUCCAGCAACACUAGUCAAAUGUCAAAGGGUUCGGGUUAUAGCAGUUUUUCGCACAGUCAACAUUCGCGGCAAAGUUCUGAAGGCGAUUCGGGGCAUGCAAGAUUCAGCAAAUCCGUUUCUCUACUUAAUAGACUCAAUCAGAAAACCGUCAACGCCAUGAAGCUUAAUAUACCAGCGUUGAAUCAUCAACAACAGCCAACGGAAACUAUCUGCGAAUAUGAAUGUGAAGAAUUGCUCUUUCAAACGCCGAACUCAACCAUACGCGAUGAGGAGUUUCGCACACCACUCAACGAAAUGCCACCCUCAACCAAUAGCUCUCUAUCGAUUUACGGUGAAAAGUUUGUGUUAAGCACGCCCUCGCCCACGUAUCGUAGUGUGGCGAGCAACAGCCGCAGCGGUUCGCGCGCCUCACAGGUUUACGAAAGCGGCAGCGCUAGCGGCGUUAGUGGCAGUGGCAGCGGUAGCGGUGAAUCGGGCUCGGAGGAGACAGCAGACGACUCCGGUUUGGAUGAGAAUUUCCAUACGCCGCGCGUUGCCAAAAUUAAGUCGAUGGAAAAUCUCUCCAUUAUCGAAAUGGAGUUUCAUCGCGCCUCACAGGAGUUGGAUCGCAAUUCGCCACGUCGUUUAAAGCUGCUGGCCGAGCAUGGCGGUCAUAUACCGAAAAUGCGUUCGCUUAGCAAUUUAUGCUUCGAUGAUUAUAGCGAAGAGCAGGUGCGCGAGGAAUUGCUGCGCAUACGCGAACGCGCGCUGGAGGAGAAGCAUCGCUUCAAUUUGCAGCAACGUAAAAAUUCCACCUCAUCGACAAAUUCGGGCAAGUUGUUUGUGAAGAACAAAGUGGGUAAUGCCAAGUUUAUUGGCAACGAUGACAGCCCAUUGCCGCAGCAGCAAAACAGCCAGCAACCGCCCUUGUUUCUGCAGCGUGGCUCACAUUAUCCCAUACAGAAGAUGCGUUCGAUGGGCACAAUACCGGAUUUGGUGACGGAACGCGUCGAACCGGACCCAUUUCUCACGCCGACUUCGGGUCGCAAGCCGAAUUUCCCGCUGGUAACACAGUCGGCUGAGAAACCCUCACCACCGUCAUUCGUUACACGCAUACUUAACUAUGAUGUCGUGGACUCACCGUCCGCGAAUAGCCAUAAUCCAUUGCAGCAGCCACAACAUCACACACAUGGCUCUCUAACCGAGCUCUAUACGCACGAUCGUGUGAGCAAGCUGUUAUCGAAUGAUCCGAGCACUGCGUUGUCGUUUAUGUCGCGUACGCCGUUCGAGCGCGCCUACCGUCGCACGUUGCUGAAAAGUUCGACGCCGUUGCGUCAAGCGCACGGCUAUACGCAGUACACAACGUUGGAGCAGCAGGAAUUGCAUCAGGGCGGCGUACAACAGUAUAUGUUAGGUCAUCAGGAGCCGCUGCUGGCGCGUCCGCAUUCGACUAACGCCGCCUACGAGUUAAUGAGCACCGGUCGCAAUUUCAGCGGCGUACCGCGUCGCCUACUCGACGGCAGCAAUCGCCAAAUCUCAUCCAUUGCACUGGGCGCCAACACAUCGCCCUCCGCCGCUGCGGCGUCGGCAGCAAACAGCAGCUCCUCACCCUGCGGCACACUCGGCAGCAUACACUCCACGCAUUCGGCAUCCUCGUCCAGCGGCAGCAGCAGCAGCGGCGCCGUCAUCACCUUCCAAUGUGCUGGCGCACAGGCGGGCAUUGGCAGCAGCAGCGACACCGUCGAUGGCAUCGGCUUCAGCGAUAGCGGCGGCGUCAGCACACCCAACACCACCAACGCCAACCAGCAGUUGAUUGGCUCACCAAGCAAUAACGGGUUUGGCAGUGGUGUUGGUGGUGGCGCCGUCGGUGGCUGUGGCAGUAGCGGUGCGAAUAGUCCGCGCUUGGCGAGCGGCGCAUUUACCUCCACUUCAACGACCACCGAUGCGCUGAGCUCUUUGGCGGCCAGUCCUACCGAUGCCUGUAGCAUACGUUCGAAUCCGUCGGCCGCAUCACUGCUGCUCACCACCGCAACGAUGGCUGCGGCCGAAGCGGCGGCGGCACAGGUGGCGGCCAACAAUAAUGCCGGGUUGUGCGCAUCGGGCGCCACUCUUUCACCGCUCGCGACCACACAAAUCAUACGACGGCCCAGCAUUACAAUUUCCGGUUCGUUAGUCAUAAGUGAAACAGGAUCUCUAGAUCGCAUGAAGAGUGCGGCUGAGAAGCGCAAGAAGGGACCGCUGGACGAUGGUCCACGUGUGUCGGAUCGCGUCGAGGAGACGCGCGUCAAUCCCAAUUCGCUAAUCGAUGAAAUACUAAAGGAUACCAAAUUGGAUCAGUUAGCCGAAUCGGCGGAGACAUCCGGCCUGCAGCUGUACAUUGCACGCGAUGGCACCGCCUCGUUGGGUAGUCACGAAGUGAAAGCGCGCGUGCCGACCGGCGCCUUCAAGCAGGUGGUCAUGAAGAAUCCAAGAUAGUAGCGUAAAUUGUAAGAUUCGCAAGCCGGCUGCAAGAAGACUACAAACUACACACUAACUACUACAACAACAACAUACGUACACACACACUAACACACAGGCUUGCACACACAUACAUGCAAAGUAGUGUGGCAUGCCGCAGAGGAAGCGAAAUGCGACAAAAAAAUUUCGUGUUACAACCAGCAAAAGCAGUAAUAGCAACAGCAUUAACUACAACAAGAACAACUACUACUACAAACUGCAGCAACCAUAUACAUACAUACAUACACAUAUAUAUAAUAAAUAAUUUAAAAUAAAAUGCAAAACUAAUAAUAAAUAUAAAAUUAUUUAUAGCAUAAAUAAAUACAUACAUACAUAAUUUAAACAUGCUACAGCUAAAAAAUUGUAACUGUAAUGAAAUGUAAGCCAGCAAAACCAGCAAAUACAAGCAAAACAAACAGCAAGUGUAUGCGAAAGCAAGUAUUCAACUAAAGAACUAGCAAACUAACCAACAGCGAAAAGGCAAAAAUUAAGCAUAAAACAAACAUGCAUACUACAUGUCAACUAUCUAUAUAUAUAUAUAUAUAAUAUAUACAUACCAAAUUUCAUAAAAAUAUCAACCAUCAACAUAUAAAAAUCCUACAAAUCAUUCAUAACAUACAUCACCCAACUCCAGCAAAAAACAUCAUCCAACUCAAGUCAUUAUCAUUACAAUGAAAACGAAUCAUACAACCUUCAAGCGUAUAACGGUAUUAAGUAAGCUUUCGUCCUCAAAAACCAAAAUCAGGCGCGUCCGACUUUAGAAAUAUCGUAAGAAAACUGCGUACAUACAUACAACAUUAUAAAAAAAA